UGUGUGAGAGAUAGAUACGGGGAGAGUGGGCUUGCGAUUGGGUUUAGGUCUCUCUCUCGAUCGGACGAGUACUCUAGAGUUUAGGACUCAAUCUGUGUGUGUGUGACUGUAAAAUUGAAUAGAGAGAGAAUGGAGGAGUAUGAGGCAGAGCCACCCCCUCCCGGCGUUCCAGCAACUAGACGUUCCUCACUGCCUCAUCCUACUCAAAUUGAAAUUGCUGCGCAAAAUGUGGUGUUGCACGAACAAGAGAUUGCUACGCAGAAUAUCAUACGAACUCAAAGAGAAGCAAGAGCUGUGGGUGGCUCUCCUAAGGAUGAUUCGGACAUCUUCUCUGAACGCCUUGAUCCCAGCGCUCUCAAGGAGCAUCUAUUGAAGAUGACCUCGGAACAUCGAGCUCUUAUGGCUGUAAAACGUGGCAAAUCAUCUACUGUCCCUGAUCAACAAGGUAACUUAGAAAUUGGAAACGGCUAUGGUGUACCGGGCGGAGGUGCUUAUCAGGGUGGGACGAGGUCUAAUAGUACUCCACCUAGGAAUUUGGGAGUUGGAAUCAAUGAAACGGGACAGAUGAACUUUGAGCCUGAUAAGGACUUUGAACAGAAACCUCCAUCUAAAGAAUUGUCCGAGUAUCUUAAGAAAAAGUUGCGAGAUAGGGGUAUUCUUAAAGAUGACUCAAACAAAGACAACCUUAACAUAAUAAGUGCUUCAGCUCAACAGAUGGAAUAUGGGAAAUUGCCUCCUGGAUGGGUGGCGGCAAAAGACCCUGCAAGUGGUGCUUUGUAUUAUUUUAAUGAGGCCACAGGGAGGAGUCAAUGGGAAAAGCCUGCUGAAACAUCUUCUAAUACACCACUUCCAUCACCUUUAUCCCUUCAGGAAGAUUGGGUGGAGGCUUUGGAUGAAACAACAGGUCACAAGUAUUACUACAAUAUGAAGACACAUGUCUCACAAUGGAAACACCCUGACUCAUCACAGCAAGCUGCAUCUCGACAUUUUGUUCAUUGGGAUGAACAAUCAUCUGAGCUACAAGUAGAAAAGGAUCAAUUAUCCAAACAAAAGAGAUGCAUGGGUUGUGGUGGAUGGGGAGUAGGCCUUGUUCAGACGUGGGAGUACUGCAAUCAUUGCACGAGAAUUCUUGGUCUUCCACAAAGCCAGUACAUGACAACUAGCUUGAAUUUUAAUCACCAGACCACAAGUCCUGCUGAUACCAAAGGUGAUUUGGACAAAAAAGCCACCAUGCAGAGGUCUAAUCAGAAACCUCCAAUGGGAAAAGGGAAUAGAAGAGAGAGUAGGAAACGUGCUCACUCUGAGGAUGAUGAAUUGGAUCCUAUGGACCCCAGCUCUUAUUCAGAUGCUCCCCGUGGUGGCUGGGUGGUAGGCCUCAAAGGAGUGCAACCACGAGCAGCUGAUACCACUGCUACGGUUUAUGGUCUUUCAAGGGAGAAAAGGGAAAAUGAAGAAAAUUCGGAAGGAGCAACUUGGUGUUACUCUUAUAUAUGUUUGAUGUUUGGGUCUAGUCCAAUCUACUGGAUAUAUAUUCUUUAUCUUUUUCCAUUUGGAAAGCAUCUUAGUAAAACAAUGUUUAAACUACUAGGCUUAAUGGAAAAUCUGGGAGGUGGUGUAGACGUUCUCAAGUUAAAUGUAUUUUGUUAGAGAAUUUCUACAAAAUUUCAUGUAUUUUUAGGUGGCUAGCUAAGUAGGUAAUGAAAUUGAAAUGCACAGGAGCCGCUCAGUAGCCGCAUACCUGCUAGUCAGUAUAACUGGCAAAGUGGUCAUAUACUCGGUGGUCACAUGAUAAAGUCAUGUAUACCCUGUCCAAAACUCUGGUACAAAUACCUAUUGAUUUUGGUAUUUUGCCACUAGUACAAUAUUCGUGGAUUACAAUAUUUAUGGAUGCUUUUCCAUUUGCUGGAAUAAUUUCCAGUUAUCCACACCCAUAAAAAAUGACUGUUGCUGCAUCAAUUGUGAAACAA